AUGACACCUGAAGCCAAGAAAAGGAAAAACCAAAAGAAGAAGUUGAAGCAAAAGCAAAAAAAAGCUGCUGAGAAAGCUGCUAGCCACAGUGAAGAACCACUUGAAUUACCAGAAAGUACGAUUAACAGCAGCUUCAACGACGACUCGGUGAACCGUACAGAAUCUGACAUAGCUUCAAAAUCUGAUGUUCCUCCGGUCUCAUCAUCUACCAAUAUCUCUCCGGCUAAUGAAACACAACUAGAAAUACCUGAUACUCAAGAAUUGCAUCAUAAACUGCUCAACGACUCUGAUCAACAUGAUAUUACCGCGGACUCAAAUGAUUUGCCAGACAACUCAAUCGUUGAACAUGACUCUGUUAUUACCCAAACAAAACCAGCCAUGUCUCAAGAAUACGAAGAGACUGCCGCUCACUUAUCUUCGAGAAAUCCAUCGCUCGAUGUAGUCGCGGGAGAACUUCACAAUAAUAAUGAACAUACCCAGAAAAUUGCCGUAUCCGCUGUGGAAGAGGAUUCUUUCAAUGAAGAAGAGGGUGAAAAUCACGACAGCAUAAUAAUUUCAUCAUUAAACGAUGCUACCCCUUCUCAAUAUAAUCAUUUUCUCCCAUCCGAUGGCAAUCUUCUUUCUCCAGAAUUAUCUUCUGGUGAUACGCCAACUCACAAUGUUCCUCUAGGCACAAAAGACAAUGAAAUAAAUGACGAUGAGUAUUGUAAUGAUAAGGAAAUUAGUUUGAACGCAAAUAAUGUGCUUCCUGAUGAACUUUCAAAGGAAGAAGAUGAAAGAUUAAAACUAGAAACGCAUGUAUCAACCGAAGAAAAGAAACAGGAUAUCGCUGAUCAGGAAACUGCAGAAAACUUAUUUACGUCUAGUACAGAACCAUCUGAGAAUAAAAUAAGAAAUUCUGGUGAUGAUACCUCCAUGUUGUUUCAAGAUGACGAAAGUGAUCAGAAGGUUCCAUGGGAGGAAGAUGUGAAGAAAGAUUUUCAUAAUGAGAACACAAAUAAUACUCAAGAAUCGGCACCGAACACAGAUGAUCGUGAUAAGGGUUAUGAAGGAAACGAAGCUUUGAAAAAGUCCGAAAGUUGUACAGCCGCGGACGAGAGGUCGUACUCUGAAGAAACUUCAGAAGAUAUCUUUCACGGACACGACAAACAGGUAGUUGAAGGCCAAAAUGAUUUCACUGGGAAAAAUAUUGAGAAUGAAAGCCAGAAAUUAAUGGGGGAAGGGAAUCAUAAGUUACCGUUGUCUGCCGAAGCUGACAUUAUAGAACCUGGUAAGGAUAUUCAAGAUCAAGCCGAGGAUUUGUUUACGCAGAGCAGCGGAGACUUGGGAGAAGUUUUGCCAUGGGAAUCUACUGAUAAAAACGCUGAUGUAACGAGCAAAUCCCAAGAGAAACAUGAAGAUUUAUUUGCUGCUUCUGGAAACGAUGAGAAACUUCCUUGGGAAGUUUCUGACGGUGAAGUAUCAUCGGGAAAGACGGAAAACAGCAUGCAGACUAGUACUGAGAAAAUAGCUGAGCAAAAGUUUUCGUUUUUGGAAAACGACGACGACCUUUUGGACGACGACGACAGCUUUUUGGCUUCUUCUGAGGAAGAAGACACAGUACCUAAUACCGAUAAUACAACGAAUUUAACCUCAAAACCAGUUGAAGAAAAAAAGGCUUCAAGAUAUAAACCUAUUAUCGAGGAGGAAGCAGGAAUGCGUCAAGAGCAAGUUCAUUUUACCAAUACUACUGGCAUUGUAACACCGCAGCAGUUCCACGGUUUGACUAAAACUGGACUAGGCACCCCCAACCAACAAGUCAGUGUACCAAAUAUAGUUAGUCCUAAGCCUCCUGUGGUAAAAGACAAUCGUUCAAAUUUUAAGAUAAAUGAGGAGAAAAAGAAGUCUGAUGCUUACGAUUUUCCACUGGAAAUUAUUUCAGAAAGUUCCAAGAAGGGUCACGCAAAGCCGGUUGCCGUUCCUACUCAAAGGUUUGGCUCAGGGAAUUCUUUUAGUUCUUUGGACAAACCAAUUCCACAGAGCAGGAAAGGCUCUAAUAACUCAAAUAGGCCACCCGUGAUCCCAUUGGGGACGCAGGAGCCUCGAUCUUCGAGAACUAACUCAGCGAUCUCGCAAUCUCCCGUUAAUUAUGCUUUCCCUAACCCAUACAAAAUUCAACAACUACAACAGGCUCCUAUCCAAUCAGGUAUGCCUUUACCAAAUACCAACAUACCUCCCCCAGCAUUAAAAGUGGAAACCACCGUUUCUGCUCCUCCAAUUCGGGCAAGAGGGGUCAGCAAUGCCUCCGUGGGAAGUUCAGCGUCUUUUGGUGCUAGACAUGCAACACAGUACGGCCUCAAUAACGGGGUACCUCCGGUUUCGCCAUAUGGUCAAGCUACCAUAAAUUUGCCAACUGCGAAUAAGUAUGCCCCCGUCUCUCCUACAGUUCAGCAGAAGCAAUAUCCAUCAGUUGUGCAAAACCUUGGCGCUUCGGCCGUAAAUACCCCCAAUUUUGUAAAGACCCAUAGAGGCCAUACAAGCUCUAUUAGUUCGUAUACACCAAACCAGAAUGAACACGCCUCUAGAUACGCACCCAACUAUCAACAAUCUUAUCAGGUGCCAUAUACCUCACAACCUGUUGGUCCUGUAGCUGGGAAUUCAAGCUAUCAAAGCCAAACCCGAAGUUCUUAUGCAGUUCCUAUGAUGCCCCAGGCUCAAACUUCAGCAAGUAUUCAGCCUCACGCGAACAUUCAACCGCCUACUGGCAUUUUACCUUUAGCCCCCUUACGACCUCUAGACCCCUUACAAGCCGCUACGAACUUGCAACCCCGUGCAAGCAACAUAACGGCUGCAAAUUCACUACCUCUUGCAAAUUUGCCACUUGCUGAAAACAUACUGCCAGAAAUUAUCACGCAUCGAGCUACAAGUAGUGUUGCACCACCACGACAGGAAAAUAAUCCAAUUAAAAUAGACAACGAGGCUUUAUUACGCCGUCAAUUUCCGAUUUUUCAUUGGAGUGCUGCAAACAAGGUCGUGUACGCAGUCCCCCCUAUCCCUGACCAAUCGCAGUACAUGAUUUCAUCAAGCAUUGUACAGGAAAUAAAAGUGACACCAAUUGACCAGAUAAUUAAACCGAACGAUAUGCUCAAAAGCUUCCCAGGUCCUUUGGGUAGUGCCAAAUUAAAAAAAAAGGAUUUAACCAAAUGGAUGGAAACCACUAUUAAAUCCAUAUCUGAAAAUGAAUCAUCCACUGAUAUGACUAUAUGGCAACUAUUGGAAAUGAAACUAAACGAUAAAGUUAACUGGAAAAAUAUUUCAAAACUACUAUACAAUUCUGACGAACUUUUAAUGUACCUAUCUCAGCCCUUUCCAAACGGUGACAUGAUUCCAAAUGCAUAUAGACUGGAUAUAAAUUGUCAGAUGAGAGUCCUGGCGUUCUUACAAACGGGAAAUCACGAUGAGGCACUUCGCUUAGCUUUAAGCAAGAGGGAUUAUGCCAUUGCACUAUUGGUUGGCAGUUUAAUGGGUAAAGACAGAUGGUCUGAAGUCAUUCAGAAAUAUUUAUAUGAAGGGUUUACUGCGGGGCCAAACGACCAAAAAGAAUUGGCACACUUUCUGCUCCUUAUCUUUCAAGUAUUUGUUGGUAACUCCAAAAUGGCCAUAAAAAGUUUCUACACUAAUAAUGAGACCAGUCAAUGGGCAUCCGAAAACUGGAAGAGUAUCGUUGCAGCUGUUCUGAUUAAUAUCCCAGAAAAUAAUGAAGAUCCACUACUUAUACCACCUGUUGUCCUUGAAUUUUUGAUAGAGUUCGGUAUAUUCCUCACCAAAAAGGGCUUGACAGCCGCAGCUAGUACAUUAUUUAUUAUUGGUAACGUACCACUUUCUAAUGAGCCAGUAAUGGCAGAUUCAGACGUUAUAUUUGAAAGUAUUGGAAACAUGAAUACUUUUGAAAGCAUUCUAUGGGAUGAAAUCUACGAGUAUAUAUUCUCGUAUGACCCUAAAUUCAAAGGAUUUUCAUCUAUUUUGCCCCAGAAGAUAUACCAUGCAUCUCUUUUACAAGAACAAGGUUUGAACAGCCUGGGGACAAAGUAUACUGAUUACCUCAGUUCCUCAGUUCGAAAACUGCCUAAGAAAGAUAUUUUAACAAUAAACCUCACUCGUGAAUUGAGUGAGGUGGCUAGUAGGCUUUCCGAGUCUAAUACAGGAUGGCUUGCAAAACCAAAACUAAGCAGCGUAUGGGGUCAAUUAGAUAAAUCCUUCAAUAAAUAUAUUGGUGGCGAUGAUAUUGAUGCAUUGAAUAAAAAAAAUGAUAAAAAGAAAGUUUUUGAUGGGUUCACACCGGGAUCUUCUGCCAAUUCGUCAACUGUGGAUCUCACCCAAACAUUCACACCUUUCCAAGCUCAAGUUACUUCGCAAAGCUAUGUGGAUACUACAGCUCUUUUGCAUAAUGCCCAUAAUGUACCAAGCCAUAGUGUGCUGCAUUCAAAGCCUUCCAAUGUGUCAAAGGGGUUAGUUGAAGCAAACUUACCGUAUACGCAUAGGAUCGGUGAUAGUUUGCAGGGAUCUCCUCAGCGCAUUCAUAAUACACAGUUCGCUGCUGCUGAGCCUCAAAUGGCUUCUUUGAGAAGAGUUAGAACAGACCAGCAUACAAACGAAAAGGCUUUGAAGAGUCAGCAGAUUUUAGAGAAAAAGUCUACGGCCUACACUCCACAAUUUGGACAGAACCAUAGCGUUCCAAUGGAAAAGUCUAAUUCGAAUGUGCCAUCUUUAUUUGCCGACUUCCCUGCUCCACCCAAACUUGGAACAGUGCCGUCUAAUUAUGUGUCUAGUCCUGACUUAGUAAGAAGGGAGUCUAUCAUAUCUACCGGAUCAGAAUUUCUUCCUCCUCCCAAAAUUGGGGUACCUACUAAAGCUAAUUCCUCGCAGGGAUCGCUUAUGUACUCACCAAGUGUGGAAGCUUUGCCUAUCGACCCUGUCGUCCCGCAAGUUCAUGAGACGGGAUACAAUGAUUUUGGUAACAAACAUUCUCAAAAAAGUAUGCCUGAAGAUGAAUCUCACACAUCACAUGAUAAUAGCAAUGCUGAUCAAAAUACAUUAAAAGACUCUGCAGAUGUUACAGAUGAAACAAUGGAUAUUGAAGGACCUGGCUUCAACGAUGUGAAGAAUCUUCUUCCUAUGGAGCCCAACCACCAGCCUACGUCUACAGUAAAUCCUAUACAAACUAUUAGUGACGAUAUCCAACCGAUUCUUCAAACUAACGUGGAGGUCCGGGGUACUGAUGCAUCGAAAAUGGAAAAUUCACUUCCCUCCAUUGAAAAUGAAAGAAGUAGCGAGGAGCAGCCAGAAAACAUUUCAAAAUCAGCAUCAUCAGCAUAUUUACCAUCAACUGGUGGAUUGUCACUCGAAAACAGACCGCUAACUCAGGAUGAAAACAGUAUCUCAGAGACAGUUCAAUCCACAUACUUGCCAGCAGGAAGUAUUUCAAUGGAAGCUAAACCAAUUUCUCAAGUGCAAGAUGUUCCAAGAAAUGUUAAUAAUAAAGCAUCCAAACUUGUGGAGCAACAUAUGGCACCACCAAAGCCAAAAAGUACUGACGCAACCAAAAUGAACUACUCACCAUACGUGCCUCAAUCAACUGCCGCUAGUGCAGAUGGCGAUGAAUCAACGAUUCUGAAAACAUCGCCUGCUAUAUAUGCAAGAACUCACCAAGCACAUGCAUCCAAUCCAUCACAAUACUUUCCUUUGGUCAACCAAGCAAAUGAAACUGCUUCAUUCGAAUUAUCUGAAUCAACAUCCCAGGCACAAAGUAAUGGAAAUGUUGCUUCAGAAAAUAGAUUCAGCCCAAUAAAGAAAGCCGAAGUCGUCGAGAAAGACACUUUUCAACCUACUAUUAGGAAGGCUUCAACUAACCAAUACAGGGCUUUUAAACCGUUGGAAUCAGAUGCGGAUAAAUACAAUGACGUUAUUGAAGAUGAAUCCGAUGACGACAAUAUGUCUACUGAUGAGGCAAAGAACAGAAAGGAAGAAAAAAAGAAUGUGAAUAUGAAAAAGGAAACAAAACCAAGUAACAAGGACAUAGAUGACAAGUCUAAUGGUUGGUUUGGUUGGUUGAAGAAAGAUACUGGCGACAAAAAAGUGUAUAAGGCCAAGCUAGGUCAUAAAAACACACUAUACUAUGAUGAAAAAUUGAAACGUUGGGUGAAUAAGGACGCAACCGAAGAGGAAAAACAAAAAAUUAUUGAAAGUUCGGCACCACCACCUCCUCCAAUCGUGAAACGUAAAGAUGGCGGCCCAAAGACAAAGCCACGUUCAGGCCCCAUCAAUAAUUCCCUACCUCCAGUACAUGCCACAUCAGUUAUUCCGAACAAUCCAAUCACUGGUGAGCCUUUGCCGAUCAAAACAUCCCCUUCUCCUACAGGACCCAAUCCAAACAAUUCUCCAUCACCAUCCUCUCCCAUAUCAAGGAUUUCUGGCGUAAACUUGACUAGCAAAAAGGCAAACGGUUUGGAUGAUUUAUUGAGUUUGGCAGGAGGACCCAAACCAGCAAGUACGAGAAGGAAGAAGAAAACAGCGAGAGGCUAUGUUAAUGUAAUGGAUAACAUACAAUAA